CUCAAAAAUGGCAAUAUCAAUACUAUUAAUCCUAAUUCUUACAACAAUCACUAGCACUAAUUAUCUUACCCUAGCCCAUGAAUCGAGCCCUCUUCAAGAUUUUUGUGUUGCCGAUUUCAAAAGUCCAGUGAGGGUGAACGGUUUCACUUGCCUAGAUCCUAAGCAAGUGAAGGCCGACCACUUCCAUUUCCGGGGCCUACACAUCCCCGGAAACACCUCAAAUCCCAUGGGAUCCUUCAUAAACCGCCCCACCGUCUUCGAGAUCCCGGGGCUCAACACUCUCGGUAUCUCCACAGUGCGCGUGGACUACGCGCCCCGGGGGGUGGUCCCACCCCACCGCCACCCCCGUGCCGCUGAGGUACUGACGGUGCUUGAGGGCACCGUGCUCGCGGGAUUCGUGACCUCGGACCCCGAGAACAAGCUCAUCUCGAAAGUGCUGCAUAAGGGCGAUGUUUUCGCGUUUCCAUUCGGAUUGAUUCAUUUUCAACAUAAUGUUGGGGAAAAUGAUGCCGUUACAAUUGCGUUUUUGAGCAGCCAAAAUCCCGGCGUGAUCGCCAUCGCAAACGCCGUAUUCGGCUCUGAUCCAUCGAUCGAUGUUGAUGUGUUAGCCAAAGCUUUCCAGGUCGAUCAUGCCAUUGUUGAUAAGCUACAAGCUCCUUAUAAAUUAUAAGUAAAUUGUUUCUUUGCCUUUAAAGUGAUAUUUUUAUAGAUAUUUUUGUUUGGAACUGUUUCUGUAUUUCUACUUUGCUUGCCAGUUUUUGGCUUCGAGCAUAUUUGUUAUAAAAUAAGUGGAAAAAAAUAAGAGCACGGAUUAUAAAAACAGAGGUUGGGUUGUGUAAAUAAAGAAAAAUAAAUGUAU